AUGGCUCUCACUUUGGAAAGGGCCGGAACCAUUCCCGUCAAUGCCCCUUAUUAUGAUCUCGGCCACCACACAAGGCAAAUCACGACGAAAAGCCCAGAGGCUCAGGAAUGGUUCAACCGAGGGCUAAUCUGGGUGUAUUCCUUCAACCAAAAAGAAGCAGCUGCCUGCUUUGAACAAGUCAUCAAGCAUGAUCCCGAAUGUGUCAUGGGCUACUGGGGCGCCGCCUUUGCUUCGGGGCCCAACUACAACAAGGUCUGGAUGGCCUUUGGCGAGAGGGAUCUAAAGGUUUCUCUCAAGAAAUGCUACGACUAUUCUCGAAAGGCCAAGGAGCUUUCUUCUGCCGCUACUCCGGCGGAACAGGGUCUUAUCGGGGCUCUCCAACAUCGAUUUCCAAGCACCGAGCCGCCCAGAGAUUUCACACCUGCUGUUCUGGCGUACGCGAAUGCCAUGAGACAGGUUCAUCGUCGCCUUGGAAAGGACGAUUUGGACGUCAUUACACUCACGGCCGAUGCGUUGAUGAACACGGCGCCCUGGAAGCUCUACGAGGCCAUGACCGGAAAGCCCAACCUAGACACACCUGUCCUGGAGGUACAUGAUGUGCUCGAGCGCGGUCUAGAGCUUCCAAGUGCAAAGAAGCAUCCUGGAAUUCUUCACAUGUACAUCCAUCUGGUUGAGAUGCCCAACACUCCAGAGAGGGGCAUCCGGGCAGCUGAUUACCUACGCAAUCUUGUCCCUGAUGGUGGUCACAUGGCUCACAUGCCAAGUCACAUCGAUGCUCUCGUCGGAGACUAUCGCCGAGCGUUGUACACCAACCUCGCUGCCACAAUUGCGGACGACAAGUACUACGCCCGAGAGGGCGGCAAGAACUUUUACUCGUUUUACCGCAUGCACAACUAUCACUCGCUAAUCAACGGAGCUAUGAUGGCAGGUCAAGCCCGUGAAGCUCUGGAGGCAACCGCACGCAUGGAGGCCACCAUCACCGAGGACAUGCUGCUGGUAGACUCGCCUCCGCUGGCUGAUUGGCUCGAGUACUUCAAGUCGGUGAGGGUGCACGUUCUUAUCCGCUUUGGAAUGUGGGAAGAGCUCAAAAAGCUUCCGCUCCCGGAAAACAAGGAGCUCUACUGCGUCACGGUGGCUUCGGCGCAUUACGGCAAGGGCAUCGCAUGGGCUGCUACCGGAAAUGUUGAAGAGGCCGACAAGGAGCGAGAGCUCUUCCGUGAAGCCCUCAAGCACGUCCCUGAGACACGACUCAUCUUCCCCAACAAGGUUCUCGAUGUGUUCCAGAUCGCCGUGGCGAUGCUCGACGGAGAGAUCGAGUAUCGACGUGGAAACUACAAGCAAGCUUUCGAAAGCCUACGUCUCGCGAUUGAGAGAGACGACUCGCUAGUAUACGCGGAACCUUGGCCCUGGAUGCUCCCGGCCCGUCACCCAUAUGCAGCCCUUCUUCUCGAGCAGGGACACGUCGAAGAAGCGGCACAGAUUUACGCCGAGGACCUAGGACUCGACGACAAGCUGGUUCGAGCACUGCGACACCAAAACAACAUUUGGGCACUCCACGGAUACCAUGAGUGUCUGGUCCGUCUCGGACGCACAGCCGAGGCACGAAUUAUCCAGACGCAACUUGCCAUAGCUGCUGCUGGUGCGGACAUCGAGAUCAAAUCUUCUUGCUUUUGUCGACUGGAGACGAUGGACAAUGGAAAGCAGAGUUGUUGCAAGUAG